AUGUGGGCAGAAAACACAGACCGUGUAAUUUAUUUGGGUAUAUCUUUUUCUUCCCCUAAAUUCACACUUAAAAUUUUGUUUGACACGCUCUGUUCAGGUUUACAUAUGUGGGAUGUGGAGUCACCCUCAGAUACACUAUUUUAUGUGUUGUUUGUGGUGGCCAGUGCAGCAUUGUUAACCUACCUAAUGAUGGCAUUCUUCAUCAUUUUGUCAUUAAUAGGCAGCAAAAUGUACCUGCACAAACCGACAGGCAUACAUGAGCUUGGAGACGUUGUUCCUGGCGUUUCCAUUAUCAAACCAUUGAUGGGAGUUGAUUCAUUUUUAGAGCACAAUUUGGAGAGCCACUUCAAACUUAUGUACCCAAAGUUUGAGCUGCUAUUUUGCUUUCAUGAUGAAAAUGAUGAGGCCAUUUUGGUUGUUAAAAGGCUGCAGGAACUGUAUCCUCAUGUAGAUGUAACUUUGUUUACAGGGAAAAGACAUGAUAUUGUGAAUCCAAUGGUUCAGAAUAUGGCUCCAGCAUAUGAGGCAGCAAAGUACGAGUAUGUGUGGAUUAGCUCUAGCAGAAUUGAAGCAUCAAGUGAAAUUUUAUUUGAUAUGGCCAGCAAGCUGCAAAAGUCGAAUGUUGCUUUAGUGCAUCAGGUUCCAUUUACGUCUGACAACCCUGGAUUUGCAUCUGCUGUUGAAAAGAUUUACUUUGGCGCAGCUAUGAACAGAUUUUACAUAUGCUUCAACAUGUUGGGACUGGGCUGUGUGACUGGCAUGUCCUACAUCUUUAAGAAAGCCUUACUGGACCAAGCAAAUGGUUUGGCUUGGUAUGGGCGCUAUUUGGCAGAGGACUUUUUUCUGUCCAGAGAAUUGCAUAAAAAGGGUCGAAUAGUGUUAUCUGCUUUUCCAGCGAAACAGAAUAUGGGUCAGACUACAAUUAGUAAAUUUGUGGAAAGAAUGGUCAGGUGGCUCAGACUGCGUCUGAAUAUGGUGACAGUAGUUGCAGGGAUUCUUGAGCCUAUUGCUGACUGUUUUCCUUUGGGAGUAUGGGCUGGCUGGGCACUGUAUCAUUUUUUCUGCAUGAAUCCCUUCAUAUUUUUCAUCUGCCAUGUUUUGUCAUGGAUGGUUCUGGAUUAUAUCCAGCUUUCUACAGUUCAGAAUGGUCCCUUAUUGUUUUCAAAGCCAGAGUAUGUGCUUGCAUGGAUUGUGAGAGAGCUGACUGCCACCUGUAUUUUUAUCCUAGGUGUUAUUAAUCCCCAUUAUAUCAAAUGGGGUGCAAGGACAUAUCGAGUCAAACUAGGAGGUCUCGUAGAGAACGUUAAACCUGAAGAUAAAACACUUCUUGUGACUAAAUACUCAAGUUAUAAAACUUCUAUAUUAUAA